UCUUUGUUCCAUGUGGUUAAUAUAUAACCAUCAGAGCACACUUGCACUUUGUUUCCCCAAAUAAUAGAUGGAGUUUUCAGAGACCAUCUAGCCCAAGCUGAAAGGUUGUCCUCCCAAACCUUUCUGGAUUUAAAUUACAGCGCUACACAAAAUGAAAAUGGCAUUUGUGUUCAUUCUGACUUACUUGUGCUUGCCUGCUCCUGUCCAUCAAGCAACACUUCCAGAUGCCACCAUCUCAGACCUCUCCUACAAAAACAUCGACUUUGCCAUGAACCUUUAUAGAAAAAUAUCCAGUUCCCAUGACAAGAACAUCUUUUUCUCACCGCUGAGCAUCUCUACAAGUUUUGCUUCUCUCUUAAUGGCUUCAGAUGGCAUUACACGAGAAGAAAUUAUGAAAGGACUCAACCUGGAGCAGCUGGAGAUGACUGACCAGCCAGAACGUAUCCCAAGACUUUUUCAACUCCUUCAUGAGAACAUCACACAAAACGGAUCUCUGAUAGUGGACCAAAACAUGGCUCUCUUUAUCCGCAAGCAGUUUGAAGUAGAGAGGAUGUUUGAAGACAACAUGAAGAAGUUUUUUCACGCUGACAUCAAAACUGUAGACUUUGCCAACACAAAACAGAGUGUCCUUUCUAUCAAUGAUUACAUCAAGCAGAAAACUAAGGAAAAGGUUAAAGAGAUGAUUUCUACCUUAGCUGAUACAACUCAGCUCCUGCUAAUCAACACUAUUUUCUUCCAAGGAGCCUGGCAGAUGCCUUUUAACCCCAAUUUGACUGAAAAUGCACCCUUUCACAUUGACAACUACAAUAUUGUACAAGUACCUAUGAUGUUUAAAGAGGCCAAGUUCUACACAAUGGAAGACAUUCCUCUAGGAGCCAGGGUGCUUAAGCUUCCAUACCAAAAAGGCAUUUCCAUGCUAAUCCUGCUGCCAAAUAAAGACAUGGACUACACCGCCAUCGAUGAAGAAAUCACUGCCGAGAGGUUCCUGAGCUGGAUCAAAAAGCUGCAAAAAAUGAGACUAGAAGUUAACAUGCCAAAAUUCACGAUGAAGUGGGCCUAUUCUCUGCACAAUAUCCUACCAGACAUGGGCAUGAACAGUCUCUUUAGUACUUCAGCCAAUCUGACAAGGCUCAGUAAGGAUCAAGGCCUCACAGUGUCAGAGGUGCUGCACAAGGCUGUGAUUGAAGUGGAUGAGACUGGGACAACUGCAGCAGCUGCAACCACAACUGGCAUCAUUCCUUAUUCCCUGCCGAGGCUGUUCACCAUCAACAAGCCAUUCUUCUUCUUCAUAUACCACGAGGACACAAACGCUCUGCUGUUCAUGGGCAGGGUGAUUGACCCCACCACAAACUAGUCAUCACCCCUGUUACUGUUUGAGUUGAACGUGGCUGAUACACAUGAUACUGUGUAUACCCAGACAAAGCUUUUCUCUUUUAUUUCUAAAUCUCAGAUUAGUUUAAAAUGUUUGUUUUGUUUUUUUCUGUGACCUGCCUUUCAUUCUUUGUUUGUUUUUAAUAAUUUCACACCAACACUAAAUGGGGGUAUGCUUAUAUUUCAUAAGAACUUUGAACAUAUAUACAAAAAAUGAUAGUAAUUAAUAAUUUCUUUCCAAAGAAUGAACUAUGCUUGUGAUGGUAUAUGUCAGAUAAAAAAAGGGGCUGUAAUGAUUUGGAACAAUAGAUAAGAAUAAAAGUUAUUGAAAUUA